AUGGAACAGAAGGUGAAUGAUUGUCCAACGACACUUCACGGCUGGUCGGAGUCUGCGAAAAAAUGUUCAAACCGUGAUUAUUUUCACUGCUUGUUAAACGAGUUCUCGGAGACGGUGCGAGGCUGCAUAAAACCGAUCUGGGUGGAAGCAGGAAAUUGUCCUCUUUUCAACUCAAGAGCAUUCAAAUUAGACACACAGAAAUGUCAAAAUGAAUGCCCUGAACAGGUUUACAGAUCGUUCGAGUUAUACAAAUAUCCAGUGUGCUUUUCAAUUGAAAGGUCAGUAUCUAUGCAAUUCAGUCUGGUGAGAACUACAACAAUUUGUACAGUACCAACCAGACCCAAUCUGACACCCAAGCAGCCCAAGAAAGCAAAAUCCACAUUUUUUAAGCUUCCAUUGUUCCUCAAAAUGUCUGAUUUAAAACGCAUGCGAGAUUCAUCUGAUGAGCGUAUGAAAUUCCGAGUUCUAGAAUACACAAUGUUAAAUGUUGGAGAGGAAGACAAAGAGAAAUUAGAAAACGAUAUUGACCAUCCUUUGUUUGACGAAAUAGACACUGUCGACGAUAAGCGAGGAUAUAUCAUAGGAUGCAUUACCCAGCUUCUUAACGGAUACAUUGAGGAGACACGAACAGCCUACAGAAUUCUACACGAUGUCAUCACAAAGUGUGUGUUCCUUGUCGCUGCUGAAAAAGAACAAGAUUUACUGUUCAAGGAAUGUAAUCGUUUUCUUUUAUUUAAUUGUAUUCCACUGAAAUCAAGGAUGGAAAAAAUACGGGAGAGCGGUAAAUUUUCAUUUGAUGACAAUUCAUUGAGUAUGGGCAUUCCAUCAGAAUCAUAUCCUAUAAAUGUUAAAAUUUUUAAACAAAGAAAGGAUAUAUAG